AUGGGUCACGCCGCAGGUCUCAGAGCUGGUACCAGAUACGCCUUCUCGCGCGACUUCAAGAAGAAGGGUUACAUUGCCCUCUCGACCUACCUCAAGCAGUACAAGGUCGGAGACAUUGUCGAUGUCGUCGCCAACGGUGCCGUCCAGAAGGGUAUGCCCUACAAGGUCUACCACGGCAAGACCGGUGUCGUCUACAACGUGACCAAGUCCGCCGUCGGUGUCAUCCUCUACCGCCAGGUCGGCAACCGUUACAUUGAGAAGCGCAUCAACGUCCGCAUCGAGCACGUCCGCCACUCCCGCUCGCGUGAGGAGUUCUUGACCCGUGUCAAGACCAACGCCGCAAAGAAGCGCCAGGCCAAGGCUGACGGUAACCCCGUCUUCCUCAAGCGUCAACCCGCCAUGCCCCGCGAGGCCCGCACCGUUUCCAUCAAGGAGACCAAGCCCGAGACUCUUGCUCCUAUCGCCUACGACACUGCCAUCUAA